AUGUCUACAAUAAAUUAUAGCAAAUGGGAUCACAUUGAGAUCUCAGAUGAUGAAGAUGACACGCAUCCAAACAUUGAUACUCCCAGCUUGUUCCGGUGGCGCCACCAGGCUAGAGUGGAGCGAAUGGAGGAGCAAAAGAAGAAGAAAGAGAAACUUGAAUUUGAAAAACAGAGCUACCAGCAGAAGAUUGCACAGAUGAGACAGAAAAUGAAAGAGGCAGAGGAGAAUGCAUCUUCAGAGUUUGAGAAGCUAAAAAUUGAAUUGUCAGAGCUGGAGCAGCAGGAAGCUGAGUUCCGUAAGAAGGAAGAAGAGCUGAAGAAAGAAGAAAGACUGACUCCUCUGAAUAUUGAUACAAUCUGCAAAGAAGGGAAAUCUAAAACUCUGAUCAACAAGGUGCCCCCACCUCCAAAAGAAACUUCUGAAGAAGAGAAAAUAGAAAGACAGCAAGAGUUUACCAAAAAGUACAAGGCUGAGAUCCGCAAGUAUGGCAUGCUGCAGAAAUGGGAUGACAGCAAGCAGUACUUGACAGAGCACCCCUAUCUGGUGUGUGAGGAGACUGCUAACUAUCUGGUCAUUUGGUGUAUUGAUCUGGAAGUGGAGGAGAAACAUGAGCUGAUGAAGCAUGUCAGCCACCAGUGUAUUGUGAUGCAGUUUAUUCUGGAGCUGGCUAAGAGUCUGAAAACUGACCCCCGCAGCUGUGUGGGGGCGUUCUUCUCCAGGAUCAAACUGGGUGAGAAACAGUAUACGGAUGCCUUUAACGAGGAACUGGAGGCUUUCAGGGGUCGAAUCCGUGAACGAGCACAAGCUAGAAUAGAAGAGGCUGUCAAGGAGUAUGAAGAGGAGGAGCGCAAAAAACGUCUUGGUCCUGGCGGUUUGGAUCCUGUAGAGGUUAUGGAAACACUUCCAGAGAGUCUGCGUGCCUGUUUCGAGUCACAGGACAUUGCCCUCCUACAGAAGACUAUUGCUGAAAUGCCCAAGGAAGAGGCGUCCUACCACAUACAGCGCUGCAUUGAUUCCGGCCUCUGGGUGCCAGGGGGUGGCGAAGAAGAGAAGAAUGAAAAAACAGGUGCAGAUGAAAAGGCUGAGAAGAAGGAUGGCGAUAGUGAAGAGGUGUAUGAACAAGUUGAUUAA